CUAGCUGCGACAAUAUUAAUAUCUCUUAGCAAAAACCUUGAGUGGGCAAUCACAACUUUCGCUAUAGUGACAGAAUUUAGUUCACUUCCCCUGAAACCAGAUCUUAAAUAUACGCAACGUCCAGGACAAUAUCCUAUCCCAAACGACUAUCAAAUAGAAGCCUUUUGGGGGCGUAAUGAAAAAAAUCAUGUUCAAUCAUCUAUUGAUUAUGUUGAAGGAACUCCAUAUUUUAAGAUUAAAUGGAUACAUAAUGAACAAAACUACAUAAUAGUCUCACAAACCUCACCUUCAGAUGCAUUCAAUAAAUAUUGUAAUGUACGAUAUUUCAGAAAAAACACAGCAAUUUCUGGAAUACUUAUUUUCGGACUACAAUUGUAUGAAGAAUUGACUAAAGUCGUGCCAAAAAAAAAUCGACCACGAUUUAUUAAACCUCUUAGUGAUCUUAGUAAUUCUUCACAUAGAAAAAAAAUUAAAAAAGCAGGUAAAAGUUUAUUCAAUGAUUUCGAGAAAAAAAAAAAAAUUUGGCAUCCUACAGAUAAUCCUAGACUCAAAGAAUUAGUGUUAGAAGCAGGUGAACAACCAUGGUUAAUAAAGUUUGAAGAAGAUUGA